AUGAGGCGUCGCAUAUCCCGCCCGACAUGGAUAUCGCUAUUAGUCGUCCCUCCGAUACUGCCGUUUCUCCUUCCCUUCGCGCUUACGCGGGCCGAUCCCGUCAAUGUCACUCUGGACGAUGCUUCCUCGUCGAUCGUGUACUCUCCGGCCUCUGCGUGGCACGAGUCGUCUGUGCCGUGCUCCACUUGUCUUGCCCCCAGCCCGUCGAUCGCUUUUCAAGGCACCUGGCACGACGGGACCCACAUCAUACCCACCGAGGACACAGACGAUUCCCCGAACAACGCCAACAAUGUAGUACAGCCUACACCAACACCCUCGAACGCACCAGGAGGCGAUGGAGAUAUGGGAGAUGGCAAGAAGGGCGAUACGGACGAUGGCAAGGACGGAGACGAUGUCGAUGCGAAGGAUAAGGACGGCGGCGGAGAUAGUGACAAAGGGAAGGGCAAGAAAGGUGCUGACGAUGGAAAGCGGAGGCGGAGGCAUGACUCGGCGGGAUCCCACUUGCUUCGACGACAGAAUGCUGCUAAUGAUGCAUCGUCCAAUCCGUUUUUCACUCCCAACUUCGAUAGUGAUGAUGCCGGAUUUGUGGACAAUCCUGUCUCGGCUCAACUUAACUUCACCGGGUCUGCGAUAUACGUCUACGCCCUCAUCCCGCUCGGGCUCGCCCAAGGCAACUCAACGCCGACGUUCAUGAAUCUCACGUUCCUCCUGGACUCGCACCCAGCUGGGACCUACCAGCAUACUGGUACGGCGUCGGCAUCCGGAUUCUUACCAUCGCAGCCGAUAUUCGGGCAAACCGGUUUAGCCGAGGCGCCUCAUAACCUAACGAUCCAAAUCGGGCCAGACUCUGUCCUACUGCUCGAUUACAUCGUUUAUACGAAAGAAGAGCUCGGGGACGGGACAGACACUACGAGCGCGGCAGCCUUUUCUACGUCAAGCAGUGCCCCUGGGGUACAAGAAACGGGUUCAGGUGCAGUCGGCGGCAGCGUCGGUCUCCUCGCCGUUCUCGCAUUAUCGUUGGCCAUCAGUAUCUACAGGCGAAGAGUGCGCGCGCGACGUCGCGACAGGCGUCUUCGGCGGGCACGAAACCACUCUGAUCCCAAUUUCGAUGGCGAGUCUUUCCACACCGACGCCUCCGAGGAUAGUCCGCCCAUGCAGGGUCCUACACCGUUCAUUCCUCGAUACUUCCCUGGCACCGUUAUCCCUACUCGUCCGCCACCUUAUUCUCCAUCUGCCGAUGUGACAACGGCAUUGCUAUCGUCGACAACCCCUGCGUGGAGUCCUGUGCAAAGCCCGUCGCCAGGGGAGGACAGGUCGUACGCCGAUCGACCACCACCAACACCACCUCCUCUGUCGGACGAAGACGUGGACGACUUCUUCGCCCCGCCAUCGUUCGCUGCCGCCAUAUCCUCUCCAAUACCUGCGAUCCUUGCAGGUUACUCGCCAGUACCUACAUCGGUACCCGUGAGCACGUCGCCAGUCCCACGGCAUACGAAUGGGUCGGGUUCCAGAGGGGUGUACGCUACAGACCCACCGCCGACGCGUUCGCGCGCCAGCUCCGAUGCGGGGUCGCUACAUAGCGGCUACUCCGACCGGCCACCAUCGUUCGCUUCGCAGGCGCCGCCCUUGAUACCCCUGCCCGCGCAGAACGACGGCGAUGCGGAAGAGAUCACAGUAGGGGAGGAGACCCGACAGCGGAUAUCUGAUGGAGAUCGCGCCUCCGUACGGUCUACGCGGUCUCAAUGA